UUUUUAGGACAGACAUGCACAACAGACAACAGACUAUUCAAACAACUCUGAAAGAAAUUCUGUCAUCAGCCGAAAGAGUCAUCAACUUUAUCCAAAAGAUUACCAACACAUGCUAUAAAUGUGGAAAAUACCAUCUUGGGUUGUGCUAUGACACCAUGAAGACCUGCACCCUAAAGGACCAACAGUCCUGUGCUGUUGAGAACCUUUACUUCCUUACAAGAAAAGGGCGGAGUAUGUACUAUUAUUCUAAACUGUCAUGUAUGACCAACUGCGAGGACAUCAACUUCCUGAGUUUUGAAAAAAGGACACAGCUCAUCUGUUGCAAUCAUAGUAACUAUUGCAACCUCCCUGAGGGGGUCUAGCUCAGCAGCUUUCCUGGACUGGCUCAUUCUUCAACUCACCAUUCCCUUUAUCUCUUCCCCCAAACCUGUACUUGGAUCUCCUCUUUCAACCAAGGGUAGAGAGUGAGAAAGCCAGUUGGUGAAAGUCAUAAGGACAGAGAGGGGAGAGUAGUGAGUCUCAUUAAUGAUGGAGGACUAGACUAGACUGACCUUUGCAAAUCCCUGUUGCUCACAUCUGGCAGUUUUGAUUUCCUUAUGAUGGAAAUAGAGUUGCCGCAAAUAGGAUUGGGUUUGGAACUGGUUAUUAUCUCCUGUAUGGUAAUGCAAAGAAUUGGAAAUCCUGAACUUGUGCUGAGAACUCUGUGACCAUUCUUUAUGCUCAUCUAUAUCCACUCUUCUGGUUGCAGUUGAGAUUCUCUUUGGAUUAGCCCUGAUAUCUCCUGGUGCUCUCCUUUUACCCAUGGGUUAUGGAGAUAAAAGAAGAAAACUCUGGCUUCCCAAUUUGUUGGCAACAUGAGCCAUAUCUUUCUUUAGUAGAGCUCUUGGAGGAGGGGAAUCUCAGGCAGAAAGAAAAUUGGACAG